CUGUGUUUUCCAAUGUUUAUCUGACUUCGCCACCAAGGAUGGUGUCGUUGUCGCUUUGGUGUGAUGUGCAAGGUGCAGACAGUGCGUCAAUGGCAGUGCAAUGAUGAUGUGACAUGACAACCACAACAUUGAUCAAGCACCACACAACCACCGCCACGGACUGGACCUACCCACACGGCCGGUUGUUGAGCAAGACAAGAAGAAAGGCAAGCACCAAGCGUUGGCGAGGCAUUGCCAUUUCUUUUCCUUGUUAUCAGCGGCAGCAGCAGCGGCAGCAACAGUGAACGAAGAGCAAGAUGAGGAUCGAAGCAGACGUCAAGCUCGACUACAAGGAUGUGCUGAUUCGUCCAAAGCGCAGCACCCUGCGCUCGCGCGCCGAGGUGGACCUGGAUCGCAAGUACACCUUUCUCCACAGCAAGAAGACAUGGACAGGUGUUCCCAUCGUUGCCGCCAACAUGGACACCACUGGCACGUUUGAGGCGGCGCAGGUCAUGUCGAAGCACAAGAUGCUGGUUGCUGCGUCCAAGCACUACGAGGCCGCCGAUUGGCAGGCGCAGUCUGACGACGUGCUUGAGUUCAUGUGUGCGUCCUCUGGCACGGGCAAGCACGACUUUGCCACGCUGGCGACUGUGCUUGAGACCAACCCGGCCAUCUCCUUCAUCUGCCUCGAUGUCGCCAACGGAUACUCGGAGCACUUUGUCGACUUUGUCAAGAAGGUGCGCGAGGCCUUCCCCGACAAGACCAUCAUGGCCGGCAACGUCGUCACGCAGGAGAUGGUUGAGGAGCUGAUCCUCUCUGGUGCCGACAUCGUGAAGGUUGGCAUUGGCCCGGGCAGCGUCUGCACCACCCGCAAGCAGACGGGCGUCGGGUACCCGCAACUUAGUGCGGUGAUUGAGUGUGCUGACGCUGCUCACGGGCUGGGCGGUCACAUUGUGGCCGACGGCGGCUGCACUUGCCCGGGGGACAUCGCCAAGGCGUUUGGUGCUGGGGCGGACUUUGUGAUGCUUGGCGGGAUGCUGGCUGGGCACGACGAGAGUGCGGGGGAGCUGGUGGAGAAGGACAAAAAGUUCUUCAAGAUGUUCUAUGGCAUGUCCUCGGACACGGCCAUGAAGAAGCACCACGGCUCUGUUGCAGAUUACCGCGCCUCUGAGGGGAAAACCAUCACGCUGCCGUACCGCGGGCCGCUGGAGCCGACGCUGAAGGAGAUUAUGGGCUCGCUGCGCAGCGCGUGCACAUACGUCGGCGCUGCCAAGCUGAAGGAAAUCUCCAAGCGAACAACCUUCAUCCGCGUCACCCAACAGCGCAACCUUGUGUUUGAGGAGCACGAUGUCAAGUCGUUCCCCGUGCCGGAGCGCCAGGCCAAAACACCCGGUGAGCACGCGCCAGCGGACCCCGUUGACGAUGACGAUGGCGACGGCGACGGCGACGACCCCGCUGCAAAGUAAUCAAGCCGGUCCAUGUCAUCAACUUUCAUCCACUGUUUGUUUCACACACACACACACACCACACACACACACACACACACACAUUCUCUCUCUUGUGUCGGCUGUUCUCUUCGAAGCCGCUCUCUUCUUCAGUUUUCACGUUACACACGACAGCGUCAACGUUCAUGGGUGCUCAUGUGUGUGUUGUCGUCGUCAUUUCCAUUCAGCAUGCCAGUGAGUCACUGUCGCCCAUUUCACCUUUGUUGUUACAUUAUGUCUCCCCAUUUGCAUCUGCAACUUCCACCACAACCACCACAAUCACAACCAGCACCGUCCUUUUCCUCCAUAUCCAAUAUCCUAUAAAAAGGCCGAAAUGACAA